AUGUCCUACAAACAGAUCAUCUACACCACUCCCCCGGCUCCGGCCAUCAACCCCUCCCUCACCUCAGGAACCUUCCGCGUGAACACAACCCCCAUCCCCAAAGAUGUGCCCGCCGACAAACUGCUCGUGCGCGCACACUACCUCUCCCUCGACCCAGCCAUGCGUCAAUGGCUAACCGCCAAACGCUCCUACAUCGCCCCCGUCGAGCAAGGCGCCGUCAUGCGCGGCCAGAGCAUCGCCCAAGUCGUCUCCGUCGGCACAGGCCUCACAUCCAAAUAUGCUCCGGGUGACUGGGUCGUCGCCUACUCCGGCUGGCAGGAGUAUGCCCUCGUCGGCGCCAAGGAGGCCGAAAAGGUCAUCGUGCCACCCGGCGGUCGUCCCACGGACGCCAUGUCCGUCCUCGGCAUGACGGGCCUGACCGCAUACUUCGGUAUGAUGGAGGUUGGGCAGCCGAAGAAGGGCGACACGGUUGUGGUCUCGGGUGCUGCGGGCGCGACGGGGAUGGUGGCGGGCCAGAUUGCGAAGAUCCAGGGCGCGAAGCGCGUGGUUGGACUUGCGGGGUCGAAGGAGAAGUGCGAGUUCUUGGUCAAGGAGCUUGGGUUCGACUCUGCGGUUAAUUAUAAGGAUGCUGAUUGGCGGAAGCAGCUUAAGGAGGCUACCCCUGAGUAUAUUGAUGUGUUCUUCGAUAAUACUGGUGGUGAGAUCUUGGAUGCUUGCUUGGCGAGGGCGGCCAAGGACUCGCGCUUUGCUAUUUGCGGUGCUAUCAGUCAGUAUAAUUCGGCUAAGCCGCAGGGUCCGGCUAGCUUUAUGAGUGUUAUUUCUCAACGGAUUACCAUGAAGGGUUUCAUUGUCUUUGACUUCGCCAAGCAGUAUCCGGCUGCCUUGAAGCAGCUGGGCACCUGGCUGUCGGAGGGUAAGCUCAAACGCAAGGAGCACAUUGUGCCUGGUGGCUUGGAGGCUGCGCCCCAGGCCCUGAUUGACCUUUAUGCCGGUGUCAAUACCGGUAAGAUGAUGGUUGAGGUGGCCCCUGUCUCGGAGGGAUUGAAGGCCAAGUUGUAG